AUGGAAUGUUCAGAUAUGAAGCAUAUUUCAGAUUCUUCUUCACACCAUCACAACAUGAGUAAAACACACGUUCCUCAAAAUGUACUCAUGCAGCCAGGUUUUCAUCCUGCAAAUUGGAAGAGGCCAUCUGUAAUGGAAGAGAGCUUUGCCUUAAGCCUAACCGACUCCCAGGAGUCUGACUUGGAAAGCCUUGUUCGGGAGAGACAGUAUCAGUUAGAACUCCAGCAUCGCAUUCAUGAAACCGCGGAGCUGGUAGGACUGUAUUCUGAUGAACUGGAGGAUGACAGCUUAGAGGAAGAUGGCUUGGAGGAGAUGAGUUUAAAAGAACAAGAUGGAGCUGAAUGUGACACAAAUGGAUAUACAAGUGGAGUACAAAAGGAUGGUGGUAAUAGAAGUAAACAACAGCCUGUGGACAAAUAUUUUGGCCUAAGGUACAAUCCUAAUUGGAAGUACGGAAAAAGGGCAGCAGAAUUUUCUCAGGCAGAAAAAGCAUGUCAAGUUGCUGGAGAAAGCAGUGUGGACUUUGCACAAGAUUCGUUUUACCUCCAUUCCAGUAGCUCCCCAGAAGAAAAGAAUCAGCAGAAGGCAACGUCACAACAUUCAUUCUCAGCGCUGGGUACAGAAUUACAGAGCUUUUGCCAACCAAAUGGAGUGGUCAACAGUGAACCUUUUAGGCUACACACCGAAGGGAUAAAAUCUGCAGAUGUCCAUCAUUUCAAAGAUCAUCACAGUACACACAGCAGUGCUUUUUCUCUUCAGAUUCAAGAUGAUCAACCACAAAGAGAAAAAAAAGACUUCGUGGAAAAAAAUAAACAGACUUUGGGGUUACAGACAAAGAUGAGCUCCUAUUUUCAGUUACACAGUAAAAAGCAGGAAUUUCUUCAAGAGCAGGUUACAGAUCCUAAAACUGUUGAUGAGGAACCAGUUCAGAGUGUCCUACCACUCCAGACUGUGAAAACGAAGCCUGAAGACAAAUGGUACCAGAAAGUACAGCAGCUCAAGGAUUGUCAACAUAAGGCCUACCAGAAAAAAAAAGUAGGACCCCACCAGAGUCACAAAGGGAGGGCUCUCCCAAGGAACAAAAGCCAACAACCACCAAGAAGACCAGCAGAACCAAAGUCUUGGCACCACAGGCACCACCAAAUAUCAGAAUUUCAGAGUGUUCCCAUGCAGGCAGUGGAGCAAGACAACAGCAGAGCACUGGAGAAACGGCUGUACGCAAAUCCUUCUGUUGGCCCUGACACUAAUGCAGCAAAUUCAGAUACUUGCUUAAAUAAUUUCCCAAAUUCAAGACAUUUUGUUAAUCAGGAUUUUACCACAUUUGCUGAUGCUUUUGAUCCAACAUUACAUACAUGUAACCCAGCAGAGGUUGUACCUCCAGUGUAUAUCAGCAAGGAGAACAAGAUAUAUCAGCAUGAUUCUCCAAAUGGACUUCCACGUGACCCGCAACAUUUAAACAACGAUGUCACUGUGCAGCUUUUCGCAAGAGAUAACAGUACCAAUGGUCAAGCACAUCCAGAUCAGAGGAAUAUUUCAUCUGCUUUUAAUGCCAAAUUUCAAGAACCGGUGAAGGAUGAAGUAUCACUUCAGAGUUGCAAAAGACACAUGUAUGUGGAUAAAAGGUACCAGAACAAUGCUAUCUGUAGUUUAAGGCCUUCUCAGUCUCCUGUUCACAAGUCACCAACAGCCCUUUGUACCACCUCCCAAAUGAUUUACACAUUUACACAAAUGAUGGAGCAACAUCACCAAGAAAUGACUCGUUUGAGAGAAGCUGUCUUACUUGACAGGCACUUGUUCAACCAACUUCCACCUAUAAUCCCACAUGCAGAAAGUGGUUCAAAGGUAGUUCCAGAGACCCGUGAAAGAAAUCAAGCAAAAGUAAGCCAAAGCAACUCAGAAGGAUACAUCAUGCAAUUGGAAAAGCAGAACCAGCCUAAAAUCAGCAAGAAGCCAUGUAUAAAUCUGAACGUGAACCUUGGAGGCCUUGGACCUGACUAUGAAGCCAUCAGAGAGAAGAAAGAGAAGCUAAAGAAACAAAAGGAAUAUGCAAAGCAAAUUAAGGAACACAAUAAGAAAAACAUUGCUUCGCUUCAGAGGUUACCUAUAAAACCCCAUGUCAAAUCUUCAGUGUCAAGACAGAAGGCACUGGAAUAUGCUAAGAAGAUUCCUAGACCAAAGGCUUUCACGGCAAGACAUUCAGAUGAAGAGAUGAAAGAGGGAAGAGUUCUGCCACAGACUUUAGAUGGGAACAGUUUAGCUCAAAUUGCAUCCUUGGAAACUUUGCAAAAUAGACAUCUGAAGGAGAAGCAAGUUAUAGCUGCUUUCAGAACCCUUCAUAUCUUAUAA